GGGCAGGCGUCGCGAACCUUGCCUGUGUGUAUAACGUGGCUCCAUCGGAUCUGCAGGCGUACCUUCCAGCGGUCUAUGGUCACUUCGCCAAGACUGAGUUCAUGAAGAACGCCAUGAAGAUGUGUGGGAUCGCUACCGCGCCGCAGCUUAUGAAGGUUAUGGGCUUCGCGCACAUCGCUAGUGUGAUGAGUAUCUUCUUCCAGCCGAUUGUGGGGGCGAUGUGGAUGCUAAUCGCGAUGAUUGGUGCCGAAUACGUUUCUCGUCGCGCAUUGGAGAUUCCUGGGAUGCCCAAUGCAGACUUGUGUGGUAAAGCCUCACCCACAUGCAUGGCCACCGUGGGCCUGCAUCUCACCCUCGGAAUAAUGUCUAUUGUGGUUCUGCUUACUGGUACUCCCCUGUGUAAGUACUGCGUCCAGGUCUUUGGUGCAUCCAAGAAAGACAAGUCUGAGUAA